AUGACGGCAAUUACAGAACGCGCAUCUCCUAGACAUCUAUUCGUCAUACAGGAACAACUGAAGAGCCAAAUUACAUCCCAUGUACAUGAAGCAAAGACAGUGAUAAAAGACUUUAAAGAAACAAAAGUCAAACUGGAAACAGAAGAUGCAAUAUUAAAGAUCGCGAACUCUAUCCUUUCUGUAGGACACAUCAUAGAAAAUGAAACUUCAUCUGCACCUGUACAAAAUGCUUUGGCUCGGAUAGAGGAAAACAUCAACAUACUCAAACAGAAACCAGAUGUGUCGUUGUUGGAAUAUUCAGUAUCAUCCUCUGAUAUGCUAGACUCCUUGAUCAUCAGUCGUCCUUUGGAGGAUGUAGGAAGUUUUGAUUCCAUGACAGCUACGACCAGGAAAUUAAAGAGUGUAACAAAUGCGGGACUGUGGAGAGAUACAAGGUUUACUGGUGGGACGUACCUCCCUGAUGACCGUUUACUGCUGGCUGAUAACAACAACGGUAAAAUCGUUAAGUAUGACAACGAGUACAACAUGAUUAACACACAUCAGUUGCAAAAUUACCCAGCAGAUAUAGCUUACAGUGCAAAACACAAGGUAGUGCUAGUGAUGACACAUAAAGAUAUACAGCAGUACACCAUUAAUAGUGAUGAUCUGAAGUACGUCAGUGCUAGUCCCUUUCCACCUCAAUCCAGAUCAACAUACCUCAGUGGUAUCGCUGUACAUGACGAUACCAUACUAUUGGGUACAGAUAACUCUGUAUACAUGUUGGCAAUGGAUGGAACCGAACAGAAACGUAUUCCUCGGAAUGGAUUAUUCUCAUGUGUAGCCGUGUGUAGUGAACUAGGACGUUUUUGUUAUCCUCACGAGAACAAAGUAGUGUGCUGCAAAAUGGACGGAACGGAAAUAUUCCGGUAUUGUAUCGGGAAUAUUGGAUGCAUAAGAGGUUUGUCAUUUGACAGGUCAGGUAACAUAUAUGUGGGUUGUGACGGCCUUAGUGACGCAGUGCAUCAGAUAUUGUGGGACGGACAGAGAGGUCGUGACCUUUUGCUGGACCAAAGUUACAUCAACAAAUCCUUCUAUGUCAUGUACCACCCAUCAGAGGACAUGCUAUUGGUGACAGCGGCGAUGCUUGGCGUACAUAAUAAUGUUAAGUUUGGGGUUUUCGAGUUAGGGGAUUUCACAAAAUGA